GGAAACAUAAUCUCUGGUUUCCCCACAGGGCAGCCUGAGAUGGAUAAUUACACAGCGUCCCCAGAGGAUGAGUAUGAUGUCCUCAUAGAGGAUGACCUGGACAGCAGUGAGAUGGACCCAGCCCUCACCCCCGAGCUCCUCUCUGCCCAGCAGGUACUGCAGAUCUGCUAUGCUGUGUUUGCCGUGGGUCUCCUCACCAACGCGCUGGCUGUGUUUAUCCUGGUGAGAUACAAAGGACUCAAGAAUGUGUGGAACAUCUACUUUCUUAACCUGACGCUUUCCAAUGUGUGUUUCCUGCUUCCCCUACCAUUCUGGGCACACACUGCUGCCCAUGGGGAAAGCCCUGGCAAUAGGACUUGUAAAGUUCUUGUUGGACUUCACUCCACCGGCUUAUACAGUGAGACACUUUUCAACAUCCUUCUCCUCGUGCAAGGGUACAAGGUGUUUUCCCAAGGGAGGCUGGCCUCCAUCCUCACGAAGGUGCCCGGGAGUGCUGCUGUAAGCGUCCUGGCAUGGGUCACAGCUAUUGUACUUGCUUUGCCCGAAGCUGUGUUUUAUCAGCUUCGAACGGAAAGACAGAAACACAAGUGUGCCUUUGGCAAACCUCACUUUUUGCCAAUUGAAGAGCCAUUCUGGAAGCAUUUUCUGACUUUAAAGAUGAACGUUUUGGUUCUUGGUUUUCCUCUGGUGGUUUUUAUAUUCUGCUGUGGACAAAUGAGGAAAGCGCAGGCCUUCAGGGAGAGGCAGAACGACCUCCGAAAGCUCACCUUUGUCAUAAUGGGUGUGUUCCUUUUGAUGUGGGCACCCUACAAUGUUGUGCUCCUCCUGUCCGAGUUCCAGGAACACUUGUCUCUGCAGGAUGAGAAGAGCAGCUACCGCCUGGAUGCAAGUAUUCAAGUCACACAGCUCAUGGCCACCACCCACUGCUGUGUUAACCCUCUCAUCUGUUUGCUUCUUGACAAGGCCUUUCCGAGCUGUCUCUGCAGCCUGUUCCCACGCUGCAAUGACACCCCGUUUCAAAGUGGUGGGGGCUCUCGGCGAGCAGCGCCAAGGGGAGGUCGUGACCAGCCCAUUGAACUCUACAGUAGUUUGCAUCAAAGGCAGGAUACAUAA